AUGCUAUCAGUCGACUCACUACAGUACAAAGUCCGAAAAUAUGACGUCACAAAAUGUGGCAAACUUGUCACCAACUUGGAUGACAGGAUGUUUCUAUUCAAUGACUCGAACAUAGUAAUGUACGGCGAUUGCUCUUUCUACAAGUCCUACUUUGGUCAGCUGCGCGCAAUCUGCGAGAGCGGCACGUGGAAAACCAUCGGAAACUGCAUCGAGUACAGUAAACCCUUGGAGGUGCAAGGUGUUCGUCUUGUGAAUGGAAGCAACCCAGCCGAGGGGCGGGUCGAGAUGAAAGUGUUUGACACCUGGGGCACCGUAUGUAGUGAUGACUUUGGGAUGAAAGAAGCGGAGGUGAUUUGCAGAUUGAUGGGAUACGUGCAUGCCAAGUCCGUUGCUGUCAAAGGAAGUUAUGGAAUAGGAUCUGGUCCCAUUUUCAUCGACGAUCUCAACUGUGAAGACGAUGCCUCUCAUAUCAACGACUGUGAAUACACCACUUACCAUAACUGUUCUCACGAGCAUUAUGUGUCUGUGAUUUGCACUGAUUGUGACAACGUUGAAAUACAUGAAGGGCGCAUACUGACUUAUCCAGUCAUGAAAACAGUCAAUGCCUCUUUAACGUUUUCCUGCAAUGAAGGAUUUGCAUUGAGUGGGGCAGAUACUAUUACCUGCGAACUGUCAGGAAAAUGGAGCAGUUCACCACCUGAGUAUUCGAAGAAAUGUAUGAAUAGUUCUCUGUUCGAGUUUAUUCCGUACUAA